GCAUGCAUUUCUUUUUUUGGAGCACCUGGGCUGAAUAUAGACAGGGCCUCACCAAUCGCACCGAGGAGCUGACCGUGGGCCUUUCCUGGCUCACAUCAUGACUGAACUACCAUUGACGAUGCGCUUGCUAGCUUCCUGGCUGGGGCAAUCCUCCCUCGCAUUGUCCCGUCUUGAUACCCUCGCCACCUUCGUAAACUUUGCCAUUCCUUGAUAAAUACCCAUCCCCUCCCGAGCUUGUAUCAGGUCUGGCAGCGGCAUUACCGAGCCGACAUCGCAUCGAACAACCAGCUGUGUGGCUGAAUCUCUCCGCCCUCUUCGCAUUGUCAAGCCAACACCGCUUACUCCAAAGUACUCAACUCUCCCGCCCCAAGUCACCUCCUUGACCGGAGUGAUAUCGUACCCUUGAUCUCCUUGGACUUCCUGGCUCACCUCCGUUACCACUCCGCAUCCUCAACUUGGAUUCCUCAGACUUCAUGAGUCAAAGAAAGAAAGACAUCCCCAUCCAGCCCAAGAGAGCCAUUGUUGCUUUCGGUAAUCCCGGAACGGGAAAGUCAGCAGUCCUCAAUUCGAUGGUUGGCAAAACCGUGUUUCAGUCUGGGGUUGCAUACAACGGUACCAGUCUAACUCAGCAUCGCCAGAUUCAUCAACAUGGCGAUGUCUUGGUUAUCGAUACUCCCGGACUCCAAGAGGCUGGAGAGAAUAAAUACAAGAAGAAUCUCGAUGAAUUUUCGGCGGCAAUCUCGACGGGACUUCCAACGAGACUGAUAGGGUUUGUCAACACAAUCUCCGGACGGGUUGUAGAGUCAGAUUUAGCUGCCGUCUUGACGGUGUUUUCCGCUGUCAAGAAGAAAUUCCCAAAGCGAGCAAACGAGGAUUGGAUCAUCAUAAAUCGAGUCCCCGCUGGCAAGGAUCAUGUCCUGGAAAAGGUUAUUAAUAUCGUCAUGCAAGCCUGUUUCAAUCAAAAUCUUGGAGUUUAUAUUGGAUUCAUAAACCACUCGGCGCAUGGAUACGAUCAAGACAAUGUCCUCUUUGAACUCAACGAAAAUCAAAAGAAACUUAUGGAUUUCGAAGAAAAAUUGGAGCUUGUCAUUCCUAAGGGAGUAAAUCUGCAAUUCGACGAAGGUGUUUAUAAGAAGAUUUUGUUAUUGGUUGCUUGUCUUGUUGUUGCUGUGGUGUUACUUCCUGAGAUAGGUGCAUUUGCAGCCACAGCAGGAAUGAUCUCUGUUUUGAAUUUAUCAUCCGGUUAA